GCUAACCCCAAACCAGAUUCAUCACUCCAUCCUUCUAGAGCUUAGAAUUCUCUGCAAAUCCCAGUUAAUAUGGAAGAAACAACAAAACCAAGAAGAAAUGCCAGCAACAGGAAACCCCUUAUUGAUCUCACCAAUACAAUCCCAUCCUCUCUUCCUUCUUCCCAAUCCUCCUCUGCUUCUAUCAAAACCCAAAUCAAAUCUUCGCGCCCUUCGGAUCUUAAAUCCCUUCCUAGCAACCCCAAUACCAGCCUUAAGCGCACCUCUAAGCUUACCCCCACUGACUCCACCACAAAUAUAAAUAAUAAUAACAAUGACAAGAAGGAAAAUGAAAUUUGUCCGAGUGACAAGGCAAAUCCUAGCUCCAAGCCGUCUCCGCCGUCAAAAACAGCUUCCGUUUCGGAUUUUGAGCCUUGUACAGUUUACAGGAGACGCACUGCUAAGAAAAAGAAGAGUAAAGGGAAGGAAGUUGCGGAGCCUUUGAGUAGCCUUUUUGAAACGAGGACUCCCAGCUUAAGGAAAAAGAAGGUUGGAGAUGGUGAUAUUGGUAUCUCUAAAUCAUGCCCAAUGCCAUGUAAAAAGAAGCAAUGCCGAGACAAGGCUGAGAUAAAUGCUUCUAAGCUUGACUUGCCCCAAGAUUUCAUCAACAAACAAAGAGCGUAUUUUGCGGAGGUUGAUGCAUUUGAACUGGAAGAGGAGGUCGCAUCAGGUAAUGAGUCGAACUAGAUGAAAAAAGGUAUAGAACUGAAUGAGUUAGGAUAAUAUAAUUAAGAUGAUCUAACCCUGUAAAACUCUCUGUAUAUAGUUACCAAAAUAACCAUCUUACCUUAGCUAUAUCAUCGCCACGGGAGUCUUGUUUACAGUAGUUUUAUAUUGGAUUUGGCAUUCUGCUUUUCUAUGUUUAGCAAAAGGCUUUUUGAUUCCUUUGCAAUUUGUGAAUUAUUGAUAUCAUGUUAUUGAGGAACUGCUUGUCAAAUAUGUGUUGACCAAAUGAUUUUGGUUUAUAGGAGGGGGUGAUUAGUUGACCUGUCGAAAGACCGGGUUGGGUUUCUGAAUUACAAGAUAUUAGCUAUUUGGAUUCGAUCAAUUUUUCAACAUAAAUAGCAUCAGAAAUAACCGGAAAAAAGGUGUGGUCAAGACCUAAUAAUGUGACAAGAAAUGGGAUAGUGGAUACUCUAAAUUUGCGUGUUGAGACAUGGAAAUGUAGCCGUUCCAUUGCUUUAGUUUCGACUAAUGAAGCAAUUAGGGUGGGGUUAGUUCAAAUUAUUAUUGCUUUGGACUUUCAACUCAAUGGAGCCUUAAUGAAAUCCAAAGGGCCCUGCCCCCUUGCCCAUCGUUUGAUCGGCUUCGAAGUUUCUUUUUAAAAUCCAAGUCUGGAUUGAUCAACUUUUUUUAUUCGGAAAAAUAUUUAUAUUUCAUAAUUCAUUUUAAAUAA